UUAGACAUUCUCUGGUACAUUCUCUGGUUUUGCUUGAUUCAGUACCACACAGUUAUGGCGAGUAAGACCGAGAAGUUUCAGCUACACGUUCCGAGUCUGGAAGAGUUACGUCAAGUGUUGGAGAAUGGUCUGAAACAAAAUUUUGCUGAUGCAAAAGUUUCUGUCACCGACUGCCCAGACCUUACCCAGGAACCAUUCACGUUUCCUGUAAAAGGCUUAUGUGGUAAACCAAGGAUUACAGAUGUCGGAGGUGUGCCUUAUCUCAUUCCAGUUGUUCAUCCGGAUAAGAUCUAUAACAUGAACGCAGUGUCCAAGGAGGUGGAGCUGCCUGGUGCUUUCAUCCUGGGAGCUGGCGCUGUCUCCUCAAAAACUGCUGGGAUGAACGCUGAGCUAAUGCCCCUGGUGCUAACUGAAUCUGAAGGGAAGCCUGCUGUCAAUGCCAGCUACUUUUCCUCCAUCAACCCAGAGGAUGGCAAGUGUUUACAGGAAAAGUACAGUGACAAGUUCCAUGAUUGUGAUUUUGGACUUCUGGCUAAUCUGUAUGCAUGUGAGGGAAAACCUGGGAAGGUCUUAGAGGUGAAAGCCAGCCGGAGGACCGGACAGGAUAGUCUUGUGACAUGCAUGAGAAAAACAAUGGAACAGUGCUAUCCUGAUAAAAGCUUGGCCCUGGGUGGGACUUUCGUCAUCCAGAAAGGGAAAGCCAAGAUCCAUAUCAUGCCACGGGAGUUUUCGCCAUGUCCUUUGCAAACUGAAGAAGAUGUGAACAACUGGCUAAAGCACUUUGAGGUCAGCGCUCCACUGAUCUGCCAGUCAGUGAUGGUGUCCAGGGACCCAGGUUUGGACCUUCGUGUGGAGCACACACACGGCUUUAGUCACCAUGGAGAAGGUGGACAUUAUUACAUCGACACGACCCCGGAUAUUGUGGAAUAUCAGGGGUACUUCCUGCCUGCGGAGUACAUCUACCGCAUUGACAGGCCCCAGGAAACUCACAAGAUUGGUAGAGAUUGAACAUGAGAUGUUUUGGUGUCUUUGUUCUUCUGAUUUUCAUCAGUUUUCAUCAACUAUUAUAACCUUAAUCUUGA